AUGCCCUCCAAGAUUAAAGUACUGAUUACGGGAGCCACAGGUUAUGUCGGUGGUUCUGUUCUCAGCCGCUUUCUAUCACGUUCAGACGCACCUUCGUUCGACUUCAGGGCAAUUGUGCGGUCACCUGAGAAAGCAGAGAAACUCAAGGAAUUCGGAAUAACACCCAUAGUUGGAUCCCAUAAUGACGAACGUAUCAUGGUAGAGGCUUGUUCAAAGGUCGACGUUGCUAUUGCGAUGGCCGACUGUGAUGACUUGGUUGCCGCGAAAUUGACUCUUCAAGGUUUGAAGAAGCGAUUCAAGGAGACCGGAAAGCCUCCAAUUUUCAUCAACACCUCUGGAACAGGCGUACUCCGUGAUGAUGCUAAUGGGAUGUAUGCGACCAAGAUAAUAUACAACGACGAGGAUGUCGCACAAUUGGAAACUUUACCACCUUCACAGCCUCACCGAAACGUUGAUCUGGCCAUCAUCGCUGCGGACAAAGAAGGAUACAUCAAAUCGUACAUCAUCCUUCCUUCGACAGUUUAUUCCAUUGCGCGGGGAAGGCUAUUCGAGGCGGGAAUUUCUCAUCCGUACUCGAUCCAGCUUCCAGGACUGAUCAAACUCAGUAUUCUACGCGGACGAGCAGGAAUGGUUGGUCAAGGAAGAAAUUUUUGGCCGAACGUAGACAUUCACGAGCUCGCGGACUUGUACAGUAUAUUAUACGACUCCAUCUCCAGUAAUCCUACCACGGGCCACGGUCGAGAGGGUUUUUAUUUUGGAGAAAACGGCGAGCAUAGUCUUUAUGAGGCCGCAAAAGGCAUAGGAGAAGCACUUGUUAAGCUCGGGAAAGCGGAGACUUCUGAACCGAAUUCCUUCACGGAGGAAGAGGUCACCAAGUACUUCCGGUCUGGUAUGAUGGGAAGUAAUGCCCGUUGUAGAGCAAAUCGCUCGAAGGCGAUAGGUUGGAAGCCUAACAAGGGAACUGCCGACAUGCUGGCUAGCCUUAAACCUGAAGCGGAGGCGAUUAUUGAGAACGAUCCUCGAUCCAAGUAG